GUAGAACUUUACAUAUGGCGUUUUGGGCAUGUUGUUGAAGCUUGGCUGUAAAUUAGAUACGAAAUAUUUGAUGUAAAUAAGGGUGUAUUGAUUUCAAUAUAGGCGAAACAAUUGAGGAUUAAGAGUUCGGAAUUGUUUCACUACCAUCAUUUGUAGCUCUAUUUCGAAAUGCCGUUUGGGUGAGUAUAGCUGCAAUUAUUUCAAAUUUGUUCUAGCAUAGGCAAACUUACUAACUUUUCUCACAACGAAUUGUCCCCGAUCAGUAAGUACGUCUAUUAUAAUCACUCAGCUGCUUAUGUUGUGGAAAAUAUUUUUGCAUACUUAUGUUAUCAAAACUGCCAUAGCCUGGCUUGUUGGCAUUUUUGUGGAUAAUGACCUACAUUUCUCUAAUGUUAGCUCAACAGUGGUUUGAAAAUUGUCUUAACAUUUAAAUUCGUUAUCCUUGUGUGUAGAGUUGUUCCGCACUUCUUUAUUAUCAGUGGUCCACACCCUAUGGCCUGCUGAGUCAUUGCAGAGGAAAAACGUGAUUUCUCUCAAUGUCUUAGAAAUCUCUUCCGGAGACCAUGGUCAUCCACAGCCAGACUUGAUGACAAAACAGUACUCAUAACUGGAGCCAACACUGGUAUUGGCAAAGAGACAGCGCUGGACCUGGCAAAGAGAGGUAGGCCUACAGUGAUACAUAAGCCAUGGUGAUAUUUCCAUACAGGAAUGUGUUGUAACAAUUAUGCAACAUGUUUCACCAUGACCUGUUGAAUGAGUCUUGGGCUAUUUCUCAAUUGGUUGUUCUUGAUUCCUCAAAUCCUCUCUCCUUGCCAAAAUGCUUUGGAGCCCAUGCUUUCCUCAUGUACGUUGGGAUGCCAAGCAGUAAAACACAUGAUUGACUAAUCAAUUGAUCAUAGUUUGCAAUUUGUAUAAUCAGUUGUGUUACAGGUUCUCAUCAAUUUGCUAAAGCUUUUAUGUAAAUCAGAAUACAACACGCAGUAGUAACUGUAGUAGUAUAUCAACAUUUGUCCAACAUGGCAGCAGGGGUGUUGUGCUGCCGGAGCGCGGAGGAGUGGAGCUGGUAAAACUAUUUUUGGAAAAUUAAUUCGGAUACAUUCUAAAUAAAUUAUAUUAAUUACCAUGAAAAAUCCAUGAAAAACUAUAGAAUGACAAACCAAAUAUGUGUAGUAGCCAAGGAGCUUGACCCUCUUCAAGUUGCCCUAGUCCUGCUUGGGAUAUUUAGCCUAAAUUGGCUAUUGGUUGAGACCAGAGGAGGUUGCUGAGGGGAGGACGGCUCAUAAUAAUAGCUGGAACGGAUCGAAUGGCAUCAAACACAUAGACACCAUGUGUUUGGUACCAUUUCACCUAUUCCGCUCCAGCCAUUACCAUGAACCUGUCCUCCCCAAUUAAGGUGCCACCAACCUCCUGUGGUUGAGAUGUAGGGUCCGUACUAGCUUGGUAUGUCAGGGUGGGCAAUUGGUAAUGUGAAUUGGGCCAAGUUGAAGGUAAAAAUGCAUUUAGGUUAUAGUUUAAGAUGCGUGAAUACACCACACCAAAAGCUUGAUUUUAUGGCUGUUUUAAAACUAAUUUCUAGGUAGUAAUGAUUUAUGUUCACUUCCUUUCAGCACAAGGAAGGGGGCUCCAAUCGCUUAAAAAGACAUCUCAUCAAGAUCUGUUGUCUACGCCUAAUAGUCAUACUCAUCUUAUUAUUAUUACAAUUACAAAUAUAUAAUCACUUCUAACGAUGGUGCUCAUUUAGUAAAAUUAGAUCAAAGCUGAAUCAAUGUCUCGCACGAUAACAUAAUGAUUCAUUAGCAUUUUACAUAACAGAACUGAAUAUAAUAGCAUAGCAUAGUAUGGUAGGCCUAUAACGUUACUGUUACAGCAAAAAACCCUCCUCAUUUCUAAUGAGAUUUUAAGAUGGUUAGCUGAAGCUGAAUAGUUUUCCCAUGCGCCUGUUGUGGGUUAUGCAUGGUUGUCUGACUAUGCAGGAUAUACAGUGCAUUCUGUAAGUAUUCAGACCCCUUUUUCCACAUUUUGUUUCCCUCAACCUACACACAAUACCCGAUAAUGACAAAGCGAAAACAGGUUUUUAGACAUUUUUGCAAAUGUAUUCAAAAUAAAAAACAGAUGCCUUAUUUACAUAAGUAUUCAGACCCUUUGCUAUGUGACUCGAAAUUGAGCUCAGGUGCAUCCUGUUUCCAUUGAUAAUCCUUUAUGUUUCUACAACUUGAUUGGAGUCCACCUGUGGUAAAUUCAAUUGAUUGGACAUGAGUUGGAAAGGCACAAACCUGUCUAUAUAAGGUCCCACAGUUGACAGUGCAUGUCAGAGCAAAAACCAAGCCAUGAGGUCGAAGGAAUUGUCUGUAGAGCUCCGAGACAGGAUUGUGUUGAGGCACAGAUCUAGAGAAGGGUACCAAAAAAUGUCUGCAUCAUUGAAGGUCCCCAAGAACACAGUGUCCUCCAUGAUUCUUAAAUGAAAGAAGUUUGGAAGCACCAAGACUCUUCCUAGAGCUGGCCGCCCGGCCAAACUGAGCAAUCUGGGGAGAAGGGCCUUGGUCAGGGAGGUGACCAGGAACCGAUGGUCACUCUGACAGAGCGCCAGAGUCCCUCUGUGGAAAUGGGACAACCAUCUCUGCAGCACUCCACAAAUCAGGCCUUUAUGGUAGAGUGGCCACUCUCAGCCACUCCUCAGUAAAAGGCACAUGACAGCUCACUUGGAGUUUGCCAAAAGGCACCUAAAGGACUCUCAGACCAUGAGAAACAAGAUUCUCUGGUCUGAUGAAACCAAGAUUUAACUAUUUGGCAUUAAUGCCAAGCGUCACGUCUGGAGGAAACCUGGCACCAUCCCUACGGUGAAGCAUGGUGGUGGCAGCAUCAUGCUGUGGGGAUGUUUUUCAGCGACAGGGACUGGGAGACUAGUCAGUAUCGAGGGAAAGAUGAACGGAGCAAAGUACAGAGCGAUGCUUGAUGAAAACCUGCUCUAGAGCGCUCAGGACCUCAGACUGGGGCGAAGGUUCACCUUCCAAUAGGACAACAACCCUAAGCACACAGCCAAGACAACGAAGGAGUGGCUUCGGGACAAGUCUCUGAAUGUCCUUGAGUGGCCCAGCCAGAGCCCGGACUUUCUGUGCAGCGAUGCUCCCCAUCCAACCUGACAGAUCUUGAGAGGAUCUGCAGAGAGGAAUGGUAGAAACUCCCCAAAUACAGGUGUGCCAAGCUUGUAGAGUCAUACCCAAGAAGACUCGAGGCUAUAAUCGCUGCCAAAGUACUAUCAUGGUCCAAACACACCAAGACAGUCGUGAAGAGGGCACGACAACGCCUAUUCCCCCUCAGGAGACUGAAAAGAUUUGGCAUGGGUCCUCAGAUCCUACAGCUGCACCAUCGAGAGCAUCCUGACUGGUUGCAUCACCGCCUGGUAUGGCAACUGCUCGGCUUCCAACCGCAAGGCGCUACAGGGGGCCAAGCUUUCUGCCAUCCAGGACCUCUAUACCAGGCGUGUGUCAGAGCAAGGCCCUAAAAAUUGCCAACGACUCCAGCCACCCUAGUCAUAGACUGUUCUCUCUGGUACCGCACGGCAAGCGGUAACGGAGCGCCAAGUCUAGUUCCAAAAGGAUUCUUAACAGCUUCUACCCCCAUGCCAUAAGACUGCUGAACAGCUAAUCAAAUUGCUACCCGGACUGUUUGCAUUGACCCCCCCCCCCCCCCCCCGCCCCUUUUUUUUACGCUGCUGCUACUCGCUGUUUAUUAUCUAAUAUCUAUGCAUUGUCACCUUACCCCUACCUACAUGUACAUAUUACCUCAAUUACCUUGACUAACCUGUACCCCCGCACAUUGACUCGAUACCGGUACCCCCUGUAUAUAGCCACUUUAUUGUUGGUCUUUAAUUUUUACAUUAGUUUAUUUAGUAAAUAUAUUUAUUUAGUUAACUCUUAUUUUUCUUAACUGCAUUGUUAGUUAAGGGCUUGUAAGCAUUUCACGGUAAGGUCUACACCUGUUGUAUUCGGCGCAUGUGACAAAUACAAUUUCAUUUGAGUAAAGGGUCUGAAUACUUAUGUAAAUGUGAUAUUUCUGUAUUUUUUUAUGAAUACAUUUGCUACAAUUACAAAACCUGUUUUUGCUUUGUCAUUAUGGGGUAUUGUGUUUUAGAUUGAGGAUUUUUUUUUUUUAAUCCAUUUUAAAAUAAGGCUGUAACAUAACAGUGGAAAAAGUCCAGGGGUCUGAAUACUUUCCAAAUGUACUGUAUGCUUUGAUUGAAACGAAAUACAAGCAAGGCUAAUAGUUUGUUAACUCCAUCUGCUCUAAUUCGCUCACGAAACAGUAAUUGAAGAAGAUAUAAAUGCAUAUUCCCAUGAAACUGAUUGAGAUCAAUCAAAUGAUUGGCAUAGAGAUGCAGUUUGGACGUUUCACCGGUUAAACGUGAAGUAUUAUCAUUCACGAUUGACAGUGAUGAUGGCCAAUUUUGAAAUUAGGUUUUACAAAUGUGAAGGUUUUAAAAAUAUCACAUUUUCUUGAGACAAUAUGUGUGGGCAUAGGUAGAGGAUGCAUUUUAUGCAUAUUCUAUAAUUAUAUGCUAUUCAAUUGGCUACAUCUGUCAGUACAAACUUUGAGGAAAUUAUGACACGUUUACUUUUUGUAUUAUUUAUUUUAAUGUAUAUUUCCUCACCUAAAAAAUAGCACUACACCACUGCAUAGAAGGUGAAGCCAGACAGUCUUGUUGAUGUUUGUGACUGUCCAGCAGGGGUUGCUGCUGUUUAUUCUUUUACCCAGAUAUUUGUGGGAUCCUUCCAUUUUAGAAUUAAAAAAUGUAUGUAGCUAUGAAUGUUCUGUCAAUAUCCUCCUGAAAAGCCUGUAUGAUUGACAUCCUGAGUUGAAUUCUGAUUAGGCUGGAAUAAUUUUCAUCCACAAUAUUCCCCCAACAAAUUUCUUUAUAGGGGCCAGGAUAAUAAUGGCCUGCAGAGACAUGGAGAAAGCUGAGGGGGCCCUGAAAGAAGUUAUAGAAGGAUCUGGCAGCCAAAAUGUUGUCAUCAAGAAGCUUGAUUUGUCAGAUACCAAGUCCAUCCGGGAGUUUGCAGAGACCAUCAACAAGGGUAAGAGAAAGUAAGACGUGACUUGACACUUUUGUCAGUUGCUUAGUUACUCCACAUGGUAUCUCUAUAGAGAAAAUCAAUUUGAAUUCAAUCACUUUUUGACAGCACCCCUUUUGAUUUGAAAGAAACCUUCCAUACAUAUUUGCCAAUUUGUAGAAGUGCUUAGAAAGUUCAUUUUUGGACCUGGAUGCCAAAACAUUCAAUAAAUAAAGGUGCUCAAAGUCGACACAUUUUACGUACCCCACCAUACCAUGAGACAUCCAUGUCUCCAUCACUGCAAAAGAUAAACGGUUGAGGUUGAUAUCAUUUAAAAGCUUACAAACAGGGUUGUCAAACUAUUUUAUAAUUUCUGGAAAAAAAUGCUUUUAAUCAAAAUUGUCAUUCUUUAUCUAAAACCGCGUAACAAUAUAUAUAUUUUUUUAUGUUCGGAUAUGUUGGAGCUUAGACCCUAUUUUACAUCAAGGUUUUUGUGUUGUGCCUGCCAUUGGUUGAGAGACAACAUGGUCUUGAUACAGUGUGGGUGUCAUGUUUUGGCUGGAAAAUGUAAUUCCCAUUUUAGUACAUUUAAACUUUCAAAUGGUACCACAGUGAUGGUUGGAGGUCCACACAUCAGAGAAUGUUGACCUGAAUGGGAAUAUCUGUUUUAAAUUAUACUGUCUAUCUUCCAUAGGAAACCUAUUGAAAUCAUAGAAAUAUAGAUAAUAGAAUAUACCAUUUUAAGUUGACAUUCAACGGUGGGUGGACCGGUGGUCAUCUUUGAGGUACUUAGAAGUUAAAAUGUCAAUUUAAUGUACAGUUGUGAUCAAAAGUUUUGAGAAUGACACAAGUAUUGGUCUUCACAAUGUUUGCUGCUUCAGUGUUAUGAUAUAUUUUUGUCAGAUGUUACUAUGGUAUACUGAAGUAUAAUUACAAGCAUUCCAUAAGUGUUUAUGCAAAGAGUCAAUAUUUGCAGUGUUGACUGUUCUUUUUCAAGACCUCUGCAAUCUGUCCUGGCAUGCUGUCAAUUAACUUCUGGGCCACAUCCUGACUGAUGGCAGCCCAUUCUUGCAUAAUCAAUGCUUGGAGUUUGUCAGAAUUUGUGGGUUUUUGUUUGUCCACCCGCCUCUUGAGGAUCGACCACAAGUUCUCAAUGGGAUUAUGGUCUGGGGAGUUUCCUGGCCAUGGACCCAAAAUGUCGAUGUUUUGUUCCCUGAGCCACUUAGUUAUCACUUUUGCCUUAUGGCAAGGUGCUCCAUCAUGCUGGAAAAGGCAUUGGUCGUCACCAAACUGUUCUUGGAUGGUUGGGAGAAGUUGCUCUCGGAGGAUGUGUUGGUACCAUUCUUUAUUCAUGGCUGUGUUCUUAGGCACAAUUGUGAGUGAGCCCACUGCCUUGGCUGAGAAGCAACCCCACACAUAAAUGGUUUCAGGAUACUUUACUGUUGGCAUGACACAGGACUGAUGGUAGCGCUUACCUUGUCUUCUCCGGACAAGGUGUUUUCCGGAUGCCCCAAACAAUCGGAAAGGGGAUUCAUCAGAGAAAAUGACUCAGCAGUCCAAUCCCUGUACCUUUUGCAGAAUAUCAGUCAGUCCCUGAUGUUUUUCCUGGAGAGAAGUGGCUUAUUUGCUGCCCUUCUUGACACCAGGCCAUCCUCCAAAAGUCUUCGCCUCACUGUGCGUGCAGAUGCACUCACACCUGCCUGCUGCCAUUCCUGAGCAAGCUCUGCACUGGUGGUGCCCCGAUCCCGCAGCUGAAUCAACUUUAGGAGACGGUCCUGGCGCUUGCUGGACUUUCUUGGUUGCCCUGACGCCUUCUUCACAACAAUUGAACCUGUCUCCUUGAAGUUCUUGAUGAUCCGAUAAAUGGUUGAUUUAGGUGCAAUCUUACUAGCAGCAAUAUCCUUGCCUGUGAAGCCCUUUUUGUGCAAAGCAUUGAUGACGGCACGUGUUUCCUUGCAGGUAACCAUGGUUAACAGAGGAAGAACAAUGAUUUCAAGCACCACCCUCCUUUUAAAGCUUCCAGUCUGUUAUUCUAACUCAAUCAGCAUGACAGAGUGAUUUCCAGCCUUGUCCUCGUCAACACUCUCACCUGUGUUAACGAGAGAAUCACUGACAUGAUGGCAGCUGGUCCUUUUGUGGCAGGGCUGAAAUGCAGUGGAAAUGUUUUUUGGGGAUUAAGUUUAUUUUCAUGUCAAAGAGGGACUUUGCAAUUAAUUGCAAUUUAUCUGAUCACUCUUCAUGACAUUCUGGAGUAUAUGCAAAUUGCCAUCAUCAAAACUGAGCCAGCAGACUUUGUGAAAAUUAGUAUUUGUGUCAUUCUCAAAACUUUUGACCACGACUGUACUGUUCUGACACGGUGGUGCACAUGUAGCCUAUAACCUGUUUUAGAGAAAUGUCAUCAUUGAAUAUUGUAAGAGCUUUCAUUGUCUGCUUAUAUGCCACCUUUAUUUAUCCCACGGUUCUGACUUUGUGUACAGGGAGUACACUGUAAGAACGGCCCAUGUUCUGAAUUCUGUCGCUGUACAUUUCAAAAGUGCUGAACAAAUAGUUAUAUUGACUACGUCCGUCCUAGCUCCCUCAUUUAAUGUCUUAAUUACAGAUUGCCUCUUAUCCAAUUGUCUUCCCCUUUUGCCAUAGUUUGUACAUCUCAAUUGUCAGUAGAAACCACAUUUAUUUAAGCAAGUCAGCCAUAUCAGCUAUGGUUUUUUUUAAGGCAGUAAAUGAGGCUGAAUGAACUGUUUCGCUGCCAGACAAGGCUCCGCUGAUAGCCAGGUGGUAAGGUGUUGGGACACUGCUGUUGGGACAGCUUUAUGUAGGCCCUACCAGUUUGUGGGCACAGUUUGUCACCGUUAUAGUGCAAUUAAUGUGUUGUGUAGUGGCUUUGCUGGCAUGCAUCCCCCCGCCCAACUGUUUUUUUUGCCCCACCAAGAUUUACAUGCUAAAAUCGCUACUGCAAACAUGUAUGGAAAGUUGUUUUAAAUCCAAAAGGAAUGCUGUCGAAAAGUGAUUGAAUUCAAAUGGAUUUACCCUAUACUGCUUGUAUUUUACCAUAGCCACCUGCUUAAUGCAAACCUCAGAUGCUCUUUUCAACAUAUACAGGCUUGAUUGUAUCACAACUUCAUUGAUACAAUGGAUUGAUUCAUUUGCACUCCUGACCAACAUUUUAGACAUUUCACAUUUUGAAUACCCUUUUCUAUAGAGGAGACAAAACUCAACAUCCUCAUCAACAAUGCUGGUGUCAUGGUGUGUCCGCACGGGAAAACGGCUGAUGGAUUUGAAAUGCAGAUUGGUGUCAACCACAUGGGUAAGUGAAACUAUGUAGCACAGGGAAGUGGAGCAAAAUUAUUAUUUUGGCAGACCUCACAUAAAUCUAAAAGAGCACGGACGUACCACAUAUCAUUGAUAAGUGAGAAGAAUGUUUAACUGCGAAACGUCUGUACUAGUACCCAUUCCCAUAAGGAAGUGCUAAUUUAGCUGCUUAAAACAGACACGGGCGCAACUAUGGGGCAAAACAGACUGGGUUGGCUUAGAUUGUUUACAAUAUGUAAGCUAUUUUUCGUUUCCAAUGUUUAUUGAAAACAUAAAUAAAUUAUCACAAUGAGCACUUGUCUCUCAUACAUCGUUAGUUGUUGGUUAGCUAGUUUGACUUGGUGUCAAGAACAAGGUGAAACGAGCAACUUACGAUUCCCCACAUGGCAGUUUGUUGUCAUUCUUGCUAGCAAUCUGUCCAUCCAGAAUCACAACACGCUGACUUCUGCCCCAUGGAAGUGCGCACAUCGUUUUCGUGAUGUUGUCAGCUAACCCAUCUGUAAUAUAAGGAAGUGUGAUAAUGAAUUCAGUUAUUGUCUUUCUUAUGAUUUAUAAGUUCAGUCAACACAUUCUAAAGUUAUGUAGAGGAGAUGUAAUGAAAGGUCAGAUCACAAGUGAUACUAACUAAUCCACUGCAUUGAAGAUGACCAAGAAGUCCAUCACCAGAACAUGAUUUUUGCACAAUCACAUUUCAAAUGCAUGAAUCAAAUACAACUAAUCAACAUCAAAUCUACCAAUCAAAAGCUUUCAAAGCACCCCAUCUUGUCGCUUAGGUCACUUCCUGUUGACCCACUUAUUGAUUGACCUGAUCAUAAGGUCGACCCCGGCCAGGAUCAUCAAUGUGUCCUCCAUGGCUCAUUCCUGGGGCACCAUCAACCUGGACGACAUCAACAGUGAGAAGGGCUAUGACAAGAAGAAAGCCUACAGCCAGAGCAAGCUAGCUAACAUCCUCUUCACCCGCUCCCUGGCCAAGAAGCUACAAGGUUUGGGUUUGUCCACUACUUCUGAGGCUUAUACUGUAGCUGUUUCUCUGGGUGUUUGUCAUAGUUAUAAUCAUGGAGUCCCAAAGAAUCAAAAAACAAUAAUGACGAUUAUGUUAUUACUGCAUAAUUAACAUUUUACCACGUAAGUUCAUAACAAAUACCUGGUCAUUUCUGUUACCGUAAAAUAAAGUGCUACCACAGGAUUUCUGAAGGUUAUUUGAAGCUGCAACCCUUUUGUCAAAAGUAUUGAAUUGAAUUGUCCUCUAUCAGGCACAGGUGUGACAGCAUACUCCCUCCACCCUGGCGUGGUUCAGACUGACCUGUGGCAGCACCUGAACGCACCUCAGGCAGCUAUAAUGAAGAUGAUCAGUCCCUUCACCAAGACAUCCGUCCAGGGAGCUCAGACCACUAUCUACUGUGCUGUGGCCCCUGAACUGGAAACCGAGAGUGGUGGAUAUUACAGGUAAACAAAUGUGUAUAUACACUGAGUAUACAAAACAUUAACUGACCAGGUGAAUCUAGGUGAAAGCUAUGAUCCCUUAUUGAUUUCACUAGUUAAAUCCACUUAAAUCAGUGUAGAUGAAGGGGAGGAGACAGGUCAAAGAAGGAUUUGUAAGCCUUGAGAUAAUUGAGACAUGGAUUGUGUAUGUGUUAAAUUGAGGGUGAAUGGGCAAAACAAAAGAUUUAAGUGCCUUUGAACGGGGUAUGGUAGUAGGUGCCAGGCGCACCGGUCUGUGUCAAGAACUGCAACGCUGCUGGGUUUUUCCACGCUCAACAGUUUCCUGUGUGUAUCAAAAUUGGUCCACCACCCAAAGGACAUCCAGCCAACUUGACACAACUGUGGUAAGCAUUGGAGUCGACAUGGGCCAGCAUCCCUGUGGAACGCUUUCAACACCUUGUAGUCCAUGCCCCGACGAAUUAAGGUUGUUCUGAGGGCAAAGGAGGGGGAGAGGAGGGGGCAACUUAAUAUUACACUGAACAAAAAUAUAAACUCAACAUGUAAAGUGUUGGUCCAUGUUUUAUGAGCUGAAAUCAAAGAUCCCAGAAAUGUACCAUACGCAUAAAAACAUUAUGUAUCUCAAAUUUUGUGCACAAAUUUGUUUACAUCCAAGGUAAGUGAGCAUUUCUCCUUUGCCAAGAGAACACAUCCACCUGACAGGUGUGGCAUAUCAGGAAGCUGACUAAACGGCAUGAUCAUUACACAGGUGCACCUUGUGCUGGGGGCAAUAAAAGGCCACUCUAAAAUGUGCAGUUUUGUCACUCAACAUGAUGCCACAGAUAUGUCAAGUUUUGAGGGAGGGUGCAAUUGGCAUUCUGACUGCAGCAAUGUCCACCAGAGCUGUUGCCAGAGAAUUUAAUGUUCACGUCUCUACCAUAAGCUGCCUCCAACGUCGUUUUAGAGAAUUUGGCAGUACGUCCAACCGGCCUCACAACCGCAGACCACGUGUAUGGCGUUGUGUGGGCGAGCGGUUUGCUGAUGUCAACAUUGCGAACAGUGUGCCCCAUGGAUGGCGGUGGGGUUAUGGUAUAGGCAGGCAUAAGCUACGGACAACGAACACAAUUGCAUUUUAUCGAUAGCAAUUUGAAUGUACAAAAAGAUCCUGAGGCCCAUUUUUUCUUUUAAGGUAUCUGUGACCAACAGAUGCAUAUCUGUAUUCCCAGUCAUGUGAAAUCCGUAGAUUAAGGCCUAAUGAAUUUAUUUCAAUUGACUGAUAUGAACUGUAACUCAGUCAAAUCAAUGAAAUUGUUGCAUGUUGUGUUUGUUUUUGUUCAGUAUAGGAAGGUGUUCCUAAUGUUUGGUAUACUCAGUGUAUAUGCAUAUGCAUGAUGUUUAUAUUUAGUUUUAAAUAAAUCUGUGAGUGAGAUUCUUCCAGCUUCAUCAAUGUAUUUAGUAGAGAUGACAUUUUCAUUUGUUCUAAUAUUAUUGUAUUUGUAUGUAGUAUUUUAUAUUAAACUGUGUUAGAUACAUGAUCAUCUUGUCUGUGUGCCCACAGUGACUGCGCACAAGCCAACUGCUCAAGCUCUGCUUCAGAUGACGACACGGCCCAGAAACUGUGGGAGCUAAGCUGCCAGAUGCUUUCUCUAUCAUGGGAUUGAAUAACUCAGAAAUAGUGUAUGGUUUACAUUGAGAUGUAUGAGCACUGAAAUGCUAUGAGCACUGAAGAGUACAACAAAUGUACAGCAUUUUAAAUUAAAGUCCUUUGUCCAAUGGAUAUAUUCCAACAUAUCAUAUUAUGAUGUGGUAUUUUAAUUGAAAUUAUGUGGUUGACAGAUCUUGUAGAUGUAACAUUAAAAAAUACAAUUUAACAUGGUUGAUUGCCACUGGCAUUUGAUGAGAUGGAAUACAUGGUUGAUAUUCUUAUUUUUUUAUACUGUACAUAUAUAGUCAUAUAAUAUUGCACAUUAUUAUUAUCCGUCAGGUUGGAUGGGGAGUGUCGC